AGAUGAAAGCUGUACAGUAUAUUCUUGUGGCAGCAUUAUUCGCUCUUGCCCAUGGCGAGAGGUCUUCCAAGUUGUUUGAGCCGAAUGAAUACGAAGAUGAGGCGAAACAACUCCUGUCGACCCGAGAAGCUGAACUUGUAGAGAAAGUUCGCUCGAAGCAAGCCACUCAGGAGGAGGCAAAGGAGGCGCUGAAAGCAUUCUCUGUCCUGUCAUCAUACAAGAUUUACAACGAUGUUGUCAAGAACGCCAAGGAUGGGCCCAUCAAGAAUGAGUUCGAGAGAAAGCUCAAGGACCUGAAGCAGAGGACGACGGACGACAGCGUGAAGGAAUCGAACACCAUGACGGGUUCCAGGGUGAGGAGAGUAGGAGGAGUUCAGCCACGAGCUCUCCCGAAGGAUAGGAUGGCAAAUAAGAAGAAGGGCCAAGUGAAGCAUCUGAAGCCCGAGGAGGCCUCGCGCUUCCUCGCCAUGUUCUACUCGUACAAUGCUCUUCCUGAGCCGAGAGAGAUUGUCCUGCCUCUGUCAGACGAAGUCUUCAUGAAGCUCUUCUCUGCUCGCGACGCGUUUGUGGCGAAGGCCCAUGGAACUUACUCGCCGCAUGCGCUCAGGCAUAAGGAGACGAGGAGCGAUGUCGAGGCGAGACUGUCUCAGCACGAAGAGAAGACGAAGGCGAUGCUGUUGAAGGCGUGCAAGGAGGGAAAGGGAAUCUAUCGCACCCGUCUUGGGAUGGACCUUGCCAUGUUCGAGGAGCUGAGCAGCGAGGAGAAGGAGAAGGGCCUCGAGCUGGGGAGGGAGAGGAUGAGCAAGAUGAGUUUGAGCAAGGAGAACUUGGUCAGGAUGAUGACGGAAAAGUUGAAGCAGGAGGACGAGGCUCUACGAGGCGUGAAGAAUGUCGAUGAAUGGUUCUCGUUCAAUUACAACCCCAUGAAGUUCUCGCUAUCCUAGGAGAUUCCUGGAUUCAGAAUUUUAAGUGAGUUUGAGAUCAGUUUUAACUGAGUUUGAAAUGAUUUCUGGAAUGAGUUUGCUUUGCUGAUUGUGCCGUGCUCCGGUUUCCGUCUGUUGCUGUUGGUGUUGGUGUUGCUGUUGUUUUAGUUGUUGUUGUUGCUGUUGUUAGAUUCAGAUUUUGUUGCAUUGAAAGGCGAUUCCGGUUUUUUUUUAUCUUUUCAAAUCUUUUGAUGAGAUUUCACAAAUAUUAAAUUGUUUGAGGAUGUG